UAUGUAGACGAACAUACAGCGCACUUUCCCACCGAGUUUUUGUUCGGCUGCGCGACUGGUUGAGUCCUAUCAAUUGUGCAUAAAAGUGAGCUAGGCUGCACUGAGGGGAACAUAAGGAGACGACGGAGGCGCUUCAGCCCGGAAAAGAAAGAUAGCCUACCGUCUCUCUCUCUCUUUCUCACACACACACACACCACCACAGCCGCGCCCGGAUCGCAUCCUACAGCACAGCGCUCUCCCUGCUCUCCUGCUAUAGCAUGGCCAGUUCGAGUAAAGCGACUUUAAUCUUGCUCAUCUACGGAAUCUUAAUGCACUACAGCGUCUUCUGCACACCUAUCGGACUAAGUUACCCUAAGAUUAGACUUGAAAACGACGCCUUCGAUGAGGAUGGGAAUUCAUUAUCCGACAUGGGUUUUGAUAGCGAUCAGAUUGCUAUACGAAGCCCACCAUCCCUAAACGACGACGCGUACACUCUAUACUACCCACCAGAGAAGAGACCAGAAAGGCAUGCUGAGGAAGAAUUAGAUAGAGCCUUGAGGGAGAUCCUGGGUCAGUUAACAGCGAGACAUUAUCUGCAUUCUCUGAUGACAAUUCGUGCAGGUGACGACAACAGCAUGGAGGACGAGUCAGAGCCCUUAUCCAAAAGACAUUCAGAUGGGAUCUUCACCGACAGCUACAGUCGCUAUAGAAAGCAGAUGGCCGUGCAGAAAUACCUGGCAGCGGUUCUGGGAAGAAGGUACAGACAGAGAGUUAGGAACAAAGGACGCCGACUUGCCUAUUUGUAGCGUUGUUAAAGCGCCCAAACUGCCCUCCUGUGUAUAUACAUCCAGUCGUUAAAUCAUUCAGAUAUAUCUGACCAACCAGUGGAUUGCGCCUGUGUUCUUUCAACAUGUAUUUAUGUAUGAAGUAAAGCCAUUAAAAUGAAUAUUUUAAUAAUAAUAUCGUUUUUUUUUCUUUUUGUACAAAAGCACUUGAUACCGCACAGUUAUACUUUGUGGACCAAUAUUUUAUUUUCAUGUUAAGAUGUUGAAAACAAAACAAAAUGACUCCAAAAAAAAAAAAAAAAAAAAAAAAA